AUGUAUGGAAUUGCACACGGAUUGUUCUGGGCACUUGACUUCUUCUUCUUGCUGAAUGAUGUUGAUGAUACCACGCCAUCUAACGGAGUAUGGGCUGGUUAUUUGGUUCGGGUUAUUGUUAUUGGCAAGAGGGAUCUCACAUCAAGAACAAAGCCAGUAUCCGUGCAUUUGAGUAUCGUACUCUCUACAGAGGUGAGUAGUGAGCACACUGCUAGGGCUAGUAGCAUGAUUGGAGCCUUUGAUAUGGCGAGUCGCGGUCGAAGAAUUGCCAUGUUCUCGCUGUAG